AUGACUUUCCGAGCAAAUGAAGAUCUAAUUAACGUUAUCAGUUUAGAUCGUUCCAGAAAAUCGAUGUUAACAGAAUUUUUUGCAUUAAAUCGAGUAGAUGAUAAUGCAAAGAGAUUACUGUAUAAAGAAUUUCCGGAAUAUUAUGUUUGGAACCAACAAUACAAAGAGUGGACUCCUCGGAAAAAGAAAACCGUUAUAGGUCGUAUUGUUACAGCAAAUCCGUUUGAAGGCGAGAGAUAUUAUCUGCGGAUAUUACUAAACCAUAUAAGAGGACCUUUGUCCUUUGAAGAUCUUAGAACAAUUGAUGGUGUUGUGUCCCCAACAUUUCGCGAAGCAGCAACAAUGCAUGGUUUGCUACAGAGAGACAGUAGCUUAGAAGAUUGUUUACAAGAAGCAUCUCUGUAUCAAAUGUCAUCCAAUUUUAGACGAUUAUUUGCAACAAUAUUGGUUUAUUGUAAUCCAACCAAUCCCAGGGAACUAUGGGAACGUUUUGAGCAAGACAUGUCAGUUGAUUUCAAAUCAACAGAAAAUUCUAUAUCAAAUUUUAGAGAAAUCGAUGAUGAAUUGGCUGUUGAAAUUCCAGAAGAAGAUAUUGCCGCAUCAGAAUUUCUUAACAGUGAACAAAAACAUGUCUAUAAUGUAGUGCUGGAAAAAGUAUUUGCAAACCAAAAUACUGCAUUCUUUGUAGAUGGCCCGGCUGGUACAGGGAAAACAUUCUUAUACAAGGCACUUCUCACAACAGUACGAUCAAGAAAAUUGGUAACACUUGCAACUGCUUCAUCAGGUGUUGCAGCAUCUAUUCUUCCGGGAGGUCGAACGGCACACUCACGUUUCAAGCUUCCACUUGAUACUGACAAAAAAAGCACGUGUUGUGUCAGCAAACAAAGUGCACUGGCAAACCUACUUCGUUCAGCAAAACUAAUAAUAUGGGAUGAGGCUCCAAUGACAAGAAAACAACACAUCGAAGUAUUAGAUAAAAUGCUACGAAACAUCAAUGAUUCGGAUGUAACAUUCGGUGGAAAGGUUGUUGUUUUCGACAGGUUUUACCAGUGGUUCGCAAAGGAACGAGACAAGAACAUGUUACUUCCAGUUUGGUUUAUUCGUAUUUGUGGCCUACAUUGA